AAAAAACCGGACCCAAAAAAAGAGGAAUACUCUCUCUUACACACUCAGACACGCAAGUCGCUGCCCAGCAAUACUCUCGCACACAAUCACAAUUCAUAAAAACAAGAUUCGGUAGAGGAGAUUCAUGCAGAAAUUCAAUCACAGCUUCGGAUGAAGUGAACCGGCAACUACACCACAAUCGAUGUCGAAGGAAACGGAGUUUCUCUCUCGCCUCGCCGCGAACCACCUCCACCUCGCGCAAUUCGAGCCCCUCCGCGCCGUCCUCCUCGCCCUCCGCCCUCGCAACCGCGACCGCGCCCGCCGCAUCCUCCAAACCCUCGUUGCCCGAUCUGGCCGCUUCCACAACAUCCUCUGGUCCCCCUCAUGCCCCUCCCCUUCCCUCCUCACAUACCUCUCCACCCUCGAAUUGCUCCAACUCGAUAACGCCUCUUCCCCUUGGGGAUUCGAUUCCGAAACGCUGCGUUUUCGCGCCGAGUUUCUGCUUUUCGUGCAGAAUUUGAUCGACCUGGUUCCAGAACCUUCGGAUGAUGAAGAAUUAAGGUGUAGGAGAGUUCUUGAUGGUGUUUUGGAGCUUGGUGUGAAGAGGUUGAGAGUGGAUGGUGACGAUGAUGAUGUUGGCGUUGGGGAUUUUGAGAGGAGUGAAAGUUCUGCUAAUGCGAGCGUUGCGACUGUGGUUGAGGAAGGUGAGUUGAUGAGUUUGAGGAAGAUGGUUUUGGAUCAUGCGGGUGUUUUUGAUGCUCUGUGUGGGAAUGUGUAUAAGCAGAUUAAGCGGUGGGAGAGUGAGGACCGUGGAUUGGAGGUCACUGUCAAGCGAGACGAGGGCGGCGGAGUGGUGGUGGAGGAGGAGGAGGAGGGGGCGGAGGAGGAAGGGGAUGUUAGGGUUCUUGGUUGGAUACUGAGGACUAUUCAGGUUAUUCAUUUGGGUGCUAUGAGAGAGAGUCUUGAAAAGGGGGAUACACAAGGAGCGGUUUCCCAUAUUCGUUUUUUACAUUUUGAUUAUGGAGUGGAGCAAUCUGAGUACCGCAUAGUUUUGAAAGAUCUCCUGAAAGUGGUUUUAUCAAGAACUGAAGAGUUUGGGGACUCUUGGAAUACCAUGCGUAAUCAGUUACUAGGGAUUUUUAGUGAAGCUCUUUCAUCAUAUUGCAAUGACAUCGUUCAAAUGAUACAGGGUAUUCAUGACGAGCUACUGUCUGAAGAGAUAGAAUUGGAUAGAGUUCAAUCUGACAAGUUUAUUCCACGUCCUCUUGUACGUCUUCAAAGAUAUGUAGCAGAACCAAAAGCUAGUAAGAAUUUAGAUGGUGAAGCAUUAUUCCCAAGUGAGGUAAUCAGAUCUUUUAAGACAGAUAUGUAUCAUUAUGCUCGUGUUUCUGGACUCCAUGUUCUUGAGUGUAUUAUGGAUACAGCCCUGUCGGCUGUGGAGAGGGAGCAACUGGAAGAAGCAAGCAAUGUCCUCCAAUUGUUUCCCCAUCUUCAGCCUUUGAUAGCUGCCAUGGGUUGGGAUUUGUUGGCUGGUAAAAUAUCAGCACGGAGGAAAUUAAUGCAAUUUCUCUGGACAAGUAAGUCACAAGUAAUUCGGCUUGAAGAAUCUUCUCUUUAUGGUAAUAAAUCAGAUGAGAUGUCCUGUGUCGAGCAUCUAUGUGAUACCUUAUGUUAUCAGCUUGAUCUUGCUGCUUUUGUUGCCUGUGUGAACUCUGGACAUGCUUGGAGUUCCAAAUACUCAUUAAGGUUCUCCGGAAAAGAACAACUGGAGCUUGGAGAUGGAGAUGUUUAUUCUGAUCCUUUUGUUGAGAACUUUGUCUUGGAAAGACUUUCGGUCCAAAGUCCUCUUAGGGUACUUUUUGAUGUUGUCCCAGGCAUAAAAUUCCAAGAAGCCAUUGAGUUGAUCAGUAUGCAACCCAUUGCCUCUACUCUAGAAGCUUGGAAGAGGAAGCAAGAUGUAGACCUCAUGCACAUGCGUUAUGCUCUAGAAUCUAUUGUUCUUGCUUUAGGAGCGAUGGAAAGGAGUACAUCUGAUGAAAUAGAGAAUCAUCAAGCUGUGCCAUUAUCCCAUUUGAAGGAUUUGCAGAGCCAUUUGGAUGCAAUUAGUAAUCUUCCUCGCAAGAUUUUUAUGGUGAAUGUGAUUAUUUCGCUAUUGCAUAUGGAUAAUGUUUCUAUUAACUUGAUGCAUUGUGGAUCACCAUGGAGUGAUUCUAAAUUAUCCAGUGCUUGCUCUUUGGAAGAUGAUUAUCCAACCAGAACUGAAGGGGCAAAUAAAAUGGUUAUAUCUUUCACUUCUUUGCUACUUGAUAUAUUGUCUCGCAACAUUCCGACAUCAGAGAUUGAAUUAGAGAACACACUAUCUGAUAGUGUUAAUACAGCCACUAGACAGGCACUCGAGUGGAGAAUCUCAAUCUCAAAGCGUUUCAUUGAAGAGUGGGAAUGGCGUUUGUCAAUUUUACAGCAUCUUCUACCAUUAUCUGAACGCCAAUGGAGAUGGAAGGAGGCUUUGACGGUUUUACGUGCAGCUCCAUCUAAGCUACUUAACCUUUGCAUGCAAAAAGCUAAGUUUGAUAUUGGAGAAGAAGCUGUUCAUCGAUUUUCAUUAUCUGCUGAAGACAAAGCUACCCUUGAGUUAGCCGAAUGGGUAGAUAGUGCCUGCAAUAAAGAAGAUGAUGUGGUAUCCCGUGUACAUGAUCUGGAUUUUUCCUCUUUACGUUCCCAGUUGGGUCCCUUGGCUACCAUUCUUCUUUGCAUUGAUGUUGCUGCAACUUCUGCAAAGUCUGCCAAGAUGUCGCAGCAGCUACUUGAUCAGGCACAAACUAUGCUUUCUGAGAUAUAUCCUGGAGGAUCUGCCAAAGAUGGAUCCACUUAUUGGGAUCAGAUCCUUGAAGUGGGAGUCAUCUCUGUGUCACGGCGUCUUCUAAAGCGCUUACAUGAGUUCUUGGAGCAGGACAACCCUCCAGCACUUAAGGCAAUCCUAUCUGGGGAAAUUAUUAUCACUUCCCCGAAAGAGUCUCACCGGCAAGAGCAGAGGGAGCGUGCUCUUGCUCUGCUGCAUCAGAUGAUUGAAGAUGCUCAUAUGGACAAGCGGCAGUUUCUCAGUGGUAAGCUUCAUAACCUUGCAAGAGCUGUCGCUGAUGAAGAAACUGAACCAAGUACUACUACUAGAGGUGAAGGACUGUAUGCUGAUCGGGGUGUUAUUGCCACACACAGUGACAAGGACAUUAUACUUGGGCUUGGUUUAAGAGUUGCUAAACAAAUACCUUUGAGUUCAAGUGGAGGAGAAACAGGCCAGCACUCUGCUGGUUAUGAUAUUAAAGAUUAUGGGAAGAGGAUAUUUGCUCCCUUGACUGCCAAACCUAUGACAUAUCUAUCACAGUUCAUUCUUCAUGUUGCUGCGAUUGGUGAUAUAGUUGAUGGAACUGAUACUACUCAUGAUUUUAACUUCUUCUCUGUCGUGUAUGAGUGGCCUAAGGAUCUUUUGACCCGGCUUGUUUUUGAAAGAGGCAGUACUGAUGCGGCUGGAAAGGUAGCUGAAAUCAUGUUUGCUGAUUUUGUACAUGAGGUGAUUUCGGCAUGUGUCCCUCCAGUUUUCCCUCCGCGAUCUGGACAUGGAUGGGCAUGUAUUCCAGUUGUUCCUACAUUCCCCAAGAGCUGCUCUGAAUAUAAAGUACUGUCUCCAUCAUCUAAAGAUGCUAAACCUAGUUGCUAUUGCCGCUCUUCAGCAACACCUGGUGUUGCUUUAUACCCUCUACAGUUGGAUGUGGUGAAGCAUUUGGCAAAAAUUUCCCCAGUGAGGGCUGUAUUAGCAUGUGUAUUUGGGAGUACUAUACUGUACAGUAGCAGUAGCUCUUCAAUUUCAAGCUCCUUGAAUGAUGGAUUACUGCAAGCUCCAGAUGCUGAUAGAUUAUUCUAUGAGUUUGCUCUUGAUCAAUCUGAAAGGUUCCCAACCUUAAACAGAUGGAUACAAAUGCAAACUAACCUCCAUCGAGUUUCAGAAGUUGCAGUAACUGGUCAAACAGCUGAUGACAGCAAUCGCGAGGCAAGAACUUCUAUUAAGAGAAUUCGUGAACAUGACACUGAGACAGAGUCAGAUGCUGAUGACAUUGUUAGUAGCAGUUCUAUCCCUGUGGCUCUAACAGAACUGAAUGGCCAUGGAAUUGAAGCCACAGAUUUCUCGCACGAUUCCUCAAAAUAUGAAGCUGGUCAAAUUGAUACCACAAUAUUCCUUUCAUUUGAUUGGGACAAUGAGGAACCAUAUGAAAAGGCAGUAAGACGACUUAUUGAGGAAGGAAAACUAAUGGAUGCCCUUGCACUCUCGGAUCGCUUUCUACGUAAUGGGGCCUCUGAUCAGCUUCUUCAGCUACUCAUUGAACGUUCAGAAGAGAUUCACUCAAAUUCUGCACAGCAUCAUGGGUAUGGAGGAAGUAAUCUUUGGAGCAACAGUUGGCAGUAUUGCCUAAGGUUGAAGGACAAACCGCUGGCAGCUAGACUUGCCUUAAGGUAUGUGCACACUUGGGAAUUAGAUGCUGCUUUGGAUGUUCUGACAAUGUGCUGUUGCCACUUGCCUCAGAAUGAUCCUGUUAGGCAAGAGAUUUUGCAAAUGAAACAAGCUCUGCAGAGGUACAGCCACAUAUUAAAUGCGGACGAUCAUUAUACAAGCUGGCAAGAGGUUGAAGCAGAUUGCAAGGAAGAUCCAGAGGGGCUGGCACUUAGAUUAGCUGGAAAAGGAGCUGUAUCUGCUGCAUUAGAAGUGGCAGAAAGUGCAGGGUUGUCAAAUGAUUUACGAAGAGAGUUGCAGGGACGACAGCUUGUGAAACUUCUAACAGCUGACCCUCUUAAUGGUGGGGGACCAGCUGAAGCCUCACGCUUUCUUUCUUCAUUACGGGACACAGAUGAUGCCUUGCCGGUUGCGAUGGGUGCAAUGCAACUGUUGCCCAAUUUGCGUUCAAAACAGCUUCUUGUUCACUUCUUCCUGAAGCGGAGGGAAGGAAAUUUGUCUGAUGUUGAGAUUUCCCGGCUUAAUUCAUGGGCGUUAGGGCUUCGUGUGCUGGCUGUCUUGCCGGUACCGUGGCAGCAAAGGUGCUCUUCCCUGCAUGAGCAUCCUCAUCUGAUUUUGGAAGUGUUGCUCAUGCGGAAACAGUUGCAAUCAGCAGCACUGAUAUUAAAGGAAUUUCCUUCCUUACGAGACAACAAUGUAAUUACUACGUACUCGGCUAAGGCUAUUGCUGUAAGCAUCAGCUCACCUCCAAGGGAACACCGGAUAUCUGUUUUAGGAUCCAGGCCAAAGCAGAAGGCUAGACCGGGUGCCCCUCCCAAGAUGUCUUUUACAAGCAGCCUAAGUAACUUGCAGAAAGAGGCUCGAAGAGCUUUUUCAUGGGCUCCUAAAAACACUGUGGACAAAAGUGCUCCCAAGGAUGUUUAUAGGAAAAGAAAAAGUUCUGGAUUAUCCCCUUCUGAUAGAGUUGCCUGGGAGGCAAUGACUGGGAUUCAAGAGGAUCGUAUUUCGUCCUUUUCUACAGAAGGGCAAGAACGGCUUCCUUCUGUUUCAAUUGCUGAUGAAUGGAUGCUUACAGGUGACCUUGUUAAAGAUGAAAGCAUUCGUUCAUCUCACAGAUAUGAAAAUGCCCCUGAUAUUACCCUUUUUAAGGCACUACUUGCUCUUUGUUCUGAUGAGUCCGUCUCUGCCAAAAUUGCCCUUGACUUGUGCAUUAAUCAAAUGAAGAAUGUCUUGAACUCCCAUCAGUUGCCUGAGAAUGCUUCUAUGGAAACAAUUGGGCGAGCAUAUCAUGCCACAGAAACAUUUGUGCAGGGUCUGCUUUAUGCGAAGUCCCUACUAAGAAAGCUCACAGGUGGAAUUGAUUUUUCCAGUAAUCCUGAAAGAAAUAGAGAUACUGAUGAGACAUCAUCUGAUGCUGGUAGCUCUAGUGUGGGUAGUCAAGCGACGGAUGAGCUAUCUGAAAUCUUGUCUCAGGCAGAUGUCUGGUUGGGACGAGCAGAGCUUCUCCAAAGCCUUUUGGGUUCAGGGAUAGCUGCUUCUCUUGAUGACAUCGCUGAUGCAGAGUCAUCUGCCCAUCUUCGUGACAGGUUGGUUGUGGAAGAACGGUACAGCAUGGCUGUGUAUACCUGCAGAAAGUGUAAGAUUGAUGUCUUCCCUGUGUGGAAUGCAUGGGGACAUGCACUAAUUCGGAUGGAGCAUUAUGGACAAGCUCGUGUGAAGUUCAAGCAAGCACUUCAGUUGCACAAAGGUGAUCCUGGACCUGUAAUUUUAGAGAUUAUUAAUACCAUUGAAGGUGGUCCACCAGUUGAUGUCUCAGCUGUUCGUUCUAUGUAUGAACAUCUCGCAAAGAGUGCGCCCACGAUCUUGGAUGAUUCUCUUUCUGCUGAUUCAUAUCUCAACAUUUUAUACAUGCCAUCAACAUUUCCCCGUUCAGAGAGAUCAAGACGAUCUCAAAUAUCUACAAAUAAUAAUAAUAAUUCUGUAUAUAGCCGAGACUUUGAAGAUGGUCCUCGAAGUAACCUGGAUAAUGUCAGAUACACUGAGUGUGUAAAUUACUUACAAGAUUAUGCUCGUCCGAAUUUGCUUGGUUUUAUGUUUAGGCACGGUCACUACCAUGAUGCUUGCUCUUUGUUCUUUCCUCCUGAUGCUGUGCCCCCACCACCGCUGCCAUCAACUUUAGCCCCGAGUGGAGUGCCUUCUUCAUCUCCUCAGAGACUAGAUUCUUUGGCGACUGAUUAUGGGACGAUUGAUGAUCUCUGCGAAAUGUGCAUUGGUUAUGGUGCUAUGCCUGUUUUGGAGGAAGUCAUUUCAUCUAGAAUGUCAUCGACUAAAUCGCAGGAUGUAGCUGUGAAUCAGUAUACAGCUGCAGCCCUUGCCCGUAUCUGCCUGUACUGCGAAACUCACAAGCAUUUCAAUUAUUUAUAUAGAUUUCAGGUAAUUAAAAAGGACCAUGUUGCUGCUGGAUUGUGCUGUAUUCAGCUAUUUGUGAACUCUUCGUCUCAAGAGGAAGCCAUUAAACAUUUGGAACAUGCUAAGAUGCAUUUUGAUGAGGGAUUGUCUGCAAGGCACAAAAGUGGGGAAUCAACCAAGCUUAUUACAAAAGGUCUUAGAGGAAAAAGUGCCUCUGAGAAGCUUACCGAAGAAGGUCUUGUCAAAUUUUCUGCUCGGGUAUCAAUUCAGGUUGAAGUUGUUAAAUCCUUUAAUGACUCGGAAGGACCACAGUGGAAGCAUUCACUAUUUGGGAAUCCGAACGAUCCAGAAACUUUCAGACGGCGAUGUAAAGUUGCUGAGGUCCUUGUUGAGAAAAAUUUUGAUUUGGCAUUCCAAGUGAUUUAUGAAUUCAAUCUUCCUGCUGUUGAUAUAUAUGCUGGUGUUGCUGCAUCUCUUGCUGAGAGAAAAAAAGGCAGUCAAUUGACAGAAUUCUUUAGAAAUAUCAAGGGCACAAUAGAUGAUGAUGACUGGGACCAGGUCUUGGGUGCUGCAAUAAAUGUAUAUGCCAACAAGCAUAAAGAACGCCCAGACCGUCUAAUAGACAUGUUAACUAGCAGCCACAGGAAGGUUCUUGCUUGUGUUGUUUGUGGUCGUUUGAAAAGCGCAUUUCAAAUUGCUUCACGGAGUGGUAGUGUGGCUGAUGUUCAAUAUGUUGCUCAUCAGGCACUGCAUGCAAAUGCACUCCCCGUGCUUGAUAUGUGUAAGCAAUGGUUGGCUCAGUACAUGUAACACAUGCCAGAAGAAAGCACAGAUAAUGUUGAUCGUCCAAGUAUGCAAAUUUUGGUCAAUUGAUGCACUAGAUGCGUUGAAAGCUGGAGUUAGACCACUGUGAUUCUUAUGUGGAGUGGUUAAAACCAGAUCAACAGGGAUCAAGUGUUGUAAUUGGUUCCUUAUUUUGUGUCAAUGUUUUUAAGAGUUUCUGGAGUUUUGAAGUUUAUUGCGAUCUUAGGCGUCCAUGUGGUAUUGCUAGGGUUGCCAAUUUCAGAAGAUUAUCGGUAGCAUGGCCUUUCCUGAAAUCAGGGCCACCUACAUGUUUGGAGUGCUCACUGAAGUUCUAAAACACACAAUAGCAUUGGAGAGGAGAACUCUAAGGAUGCAAGCAUCUUAGAGGAUGUUCAGACUGUACGAUAACGCUGGUUCAUGAUUUUUUUUUUUUUUUUCGGUAGACUGGUUCUAGAAUUUUGACCAGUUACCAAUUUAGCAAUGGUUCAAGUCUUGUAGAUAACUAAAGGUUAGCCCUAGGUGUCCCCCUUAAUGGGCCUACUCGGCACAAGGCAUAGCCGAAAUCUAGUGAAUUUUAGAUGCCAACAGUUAAUACCAAAAAAAGAAAAAAAGGAAACAGAAAAUAGGAGAGAGAGAGAGAGAGAGAGAGAGAGGGGGUUGUUGUAACGUUCUUCGUUCACCCUUAUCAUUGAUAUGGUUUUUUAUAUCUGUAUUAAAUAACGUUGUAUUUUUGCUUGA